AUGAAGCAGGUCCGCACCGCGCUCCUGUUACUCUCCGCUACAGCGGCGACGGCGUAUGCCCAAGACGCUACCAACACCACAACAUCCACUGUAAUUUCCGCCAUUGUUCUGGCGUUGAUUCUUAGUGGUAUUUUCAUGGUGGCUUUCCUUGUUCUCCGUCCUCGCUUGCCUGCCAUUUACCAACCUAAGACCUACCGCUCGAAGCCACCUAGCCGCAACAGUGAGCCAUUGUCCAAGGGCAUUUUCAGCUGGGUCCCGCAAUUCCUUAAGACGCCGGAUAUGGAGAUUUACCGUGUGAACGGUCUGGAUGCCUACACGUUCAUUAUGUUCCUCACGCUCAUGAUCCGUAUCUUUGUGCCGAUCUGGAUUAUCUCUUGGAUUGUGCUUAUGCCUCUGUACGCGGCCAACGUGCCGAACCACGGUACUGGCUUCUUCCUUUUCACGUUCAGCAACGUCAUCAACACGUCGAAGCAGCAGCAGAAGCGUAGCGCUGGUGUGCUGAUCUUGCACUACAUCAUGAUCGCCUGGAUUUUGUACAACAUCCAUGUGAUGAUGCGCCGUUUCAUCAAGCUGCGUCAGGACUUUUUGAUCUCGCCGCACCACCGCAACUCGAACCAGGCUAAGACUUUCCUUGUGACGGGUGUCCCGAACGAGGUGCUAAGUGAGACGAAGCUUAAGCAGAUUUACGGUCAGGUGCCGGGUGGUGUGAAGAAGGUGUGGAUCAACCGCAACUUGAAGGGGUUGCCAAAGAUGGUGGAAGAGCGUGACAAACUUGUGAUUAAGCUGGAGAAGGCUGUAGCGAAGCUCAUUAAGAAGGCUGCCAAAAACGUGAAGAAGGGCAAGGCCGAGGCUGUGGAUGCGCCGGAAGGCCAUUCGCUUUCGCUCGAUGUCGCGGAGCGCUACGUGCCGGCGAAGCAGCGCCCAACGCACCGUCUUGGUAAGAUUCCGUGCAUUGGCCAGAAGGUGGACACCAUCACACACAGCCGUCAGGAACUGCGUCGUCUGAACGACGAGAUUGAGACGAUGCGUCAGCGCGUGACGAACGACUACCAGGAGUACCCGCCGCGGAGCAGUGCGUUUGUGCUGUGCAAUACGAUGAUGGGUGCCCACUUUGCCGCGCGUGCUGAGGCACACCCGGAGCCGUACCGCAUGGCCGAGCGUUACUUGGAGAUCCACCCGAAAGAUGUUGUAUGGUCGAACCUGAACUUGAACCCAUACGAGCGCAAGAUCCGCUCGGUGGGCUUCUGGGUCUUGACGUGGGCCACUGUCAUCUUUUGGUGUAUUCCGAUUGCGAUUGUCAGUUUGUUCGCUAACUUCGACUUCCUCAAGGAUAAAGUGUUCUUCCUUCAUUGGAUCAGUGCUAUUAAAGGCAUUCCCAGGGGUAUCAUUAAGGCUGUGCUGCCUACGGCUGCGCUGGCUAUUCUCAACUCUUUGCUGCCGCCAUGGCUACGUUACCUUGCGAAGCAGAGUGGUAUUCCGACCCACAACGGCAUUGAGCUGAGUCUGUUCACGCGCUACUUUAUCUUCCAGGUCAUCCAGAACUUCCUGUUCUUGACAAUUGUCUCGGGUAUCCAGGCUAACGCAACGCAGUUUGUGGACCAGUUCAAGGACCCAGCCGGCUUUGUGGCUACGAUCUCGGGUGUGAUUCCCAAGGCCUCGACGUUCUUCCUUGAGUACGUAUUCUUGCUGGGUCUUUCGGGUGCUGCGGGUAUCCUGCUGCAGAUUGUGCCGCUCAUCCUGUACUAUGCCAAGCUCUUCCUCCUCAGCUCGAGCCCGCGUACGAUCUGGCACUUGCGCAACGACAUGAGUGCGCCAGCAUGGGGUGUGCUGUACGGCUCGACGAUGCUGAUUGUCGUUCUGGCACUGUCCUACAUGGUUUUGGCACCGGUCAUGAACGGCUUCGCGUCGGUCACGUUCUUCACGUACUACCUUGCCUACCGUUACAUGUUCAUGUACGUCUACGACUGUAAGCCGCAGAACGAGACGGCUGGCCUGUUCUUCCCACGUGCCAUCAGCUUUACCUUUGUUGGUAUUUAUGUCAGCACGUUCGUCGUGGCACUCAUGUACUUCUUCAACAGCGGUGCUAACACGGCCUUUGUGGCUAUGGGUGUGCUGACUAUCCUUCUGCUGGUGCUGAUUGUCGGCUACCACUACUUCCUCAUGGACUCGUACGGCAAGCUCAUUACCGCGCUGCCACUCAUGCUCGACCAGCAGGCCGAGAUGCAGCAUGGUGGUGACGUUGCGCCGCCGGCACUGCCUGAGAAGGACCAGUACUACGCUGCGGCUGACGGUACUAUGGUCCCGGCCAGGUCGCAGAACCAUGUGCUCCAGAUGGAGGACCCCAGUGUGGAUCUCGAGAAGAAGCAGAUCGAGGAGGCCAAGACCAUCAAUGCCUUCUACCACCCCUCGCGCUUGUCGGAGCAAAUGGUUCUGUGGUACCCGAACGACAACUACGGUAUCGGUCGCUCUCAGGUGGCGGCCGACCAUGGUCUUGGCUUUGAGUCGACGACAGACAAGGCCUUUGUCAACGAGAAGUACAAGAUUGACGAGAAUGCAGAAGUGGCGCCGGGUGAAGAAGACUAA